AACUCCAUUCCGCCAGAGGGCAGCACUAGUAAAGCUCAAUUUCCCAGUAUCAACCCUAACCGGAAAUCAUAUUCAAGGGAUGCUCCUUUAGCGACUUCUAUGGCUAUAAAAGUUUAUUUAGCUGGUCUUUAAAAUGAAGCUGUAUUGUUUAUCAGGGCAUCCUACAUUACCUUGCAAUGUCCUCAAAUUCAAAUCCACUACUAUUAUGCUGGACUGUGGGCUAGACACCACUUCUGUCCUCAAUUUUCUGCCCCUUCCUCUGGUACACAGUCCAAGGCUGUCCAAGCUUCCUGGCUGGGUGUCCAAAGAUAGUACAAUAAAUCUGGAAAAGGAAUUAAAGGAGUGUGCAGGAAGGGUAUUCGUGGACUCGCAGCCAGAAUUUUGUCUCCCUGAGAGGGAACUGUUAGACCUAUCUACUAUUGAUGUGAUCCUGAUCUCUAACUAUCACUGUAUGAUGGCCCUGCCCUAUAUCACUGAGAACACUGGUUUCACUGGAACAGUGUAUGCCACAGAGCCCACACUGCAGAUUGGCAGACUCUUGAUGGAAGAGCUUGUUAACUUCAUGGAGAGGGUCCCUAAGCCACAGUCUGCUACAUGCUGGAAAAACAAGGAGAUACAAAGACUGCUCCCUGGGUCACUGAAGGAUGCUGUGGAAGUGUGGACGUGGAAAAAGUGCUACACAAUGCAGGAGGUCAACUCUGCCCUAAGCAAGGUUCAACUUGUUGGCUAUUCUCAGAAAGUGGAGUUGUUUGGUGCUGUGCAGGUCUCUCCUCUUAGCUCUGGGUACUCUUUGGGCAGCUCUAACUGGAUCAUUCAGUCUCAUCAUGAGAAAGUGUCCUAUGUGUCUGGCUCCUCUCUACUUACCACACAUCCACAGCCAAUGGAUCAGAGCUCUCUUAAGAACAGCGAUGUUUUGAUUCUAACAGGACUCACACAGAUGCCUACUGCCAACCCAGAUGGCAUGCUGGGAGAAUUCUGCAGCAACCUUGCCAUGACGAUCCGCGCUGGAGGGAAUGUACUGGUGCCCUGUUACUCCUCUGGAGUCAUCUACGACCUGCUUGAGUGUCUGUACCAGUUCAUAGACAGCGCCAAUCUGGGAACCACACCUUUUUACUUCAUUUCACCCGUCGCCAAUAGCUCACUAGAGUUUUCACAAAUCUUUGCAGAGUGGCUUUGUCACAACAAGCAGAGCAAAGUGUACCUCCCUGAACCCCCGUUCCCUCAUGCAGAGUUAAUCCAAACGAAUAAACUGAAGCACUACCCCAGUAUCCAUGGCGACUUCAGCAAUGAGUUCCGGCAGCCCUGUGUGGUGUUCACGGGGCACCCCUCUCUGCGCUUUGGAGAUGUGGUUCACUUCAUGGAGCUGUGGGGAAAGUCUAGCCUCAACACCAUCAUCUUCACUGAACCAGACUUUAACUACCUGGAUGCCCUGGCCCCAUACCAGCCUCUGUCCAUGAAGUGCAUUUACUGCCCCAUUGACACACGCCUCAACUUCCAUCAGGUCUCCAAACUGCUCAAAGAAAUACAGCCCCUCCAUGUGGUGUGUCCGGAGCAGUACACCCAGCCUCCCGUGUCCCAGUCCCAUCGCUCAGACCUGAUGUUGGAGCUACAGCCUCCGCCCAUGCCUUACCGCCGCUGCUCUGUGCUAAACCUCCCCUUUAAGAGAAGAUAUGAACGAGUCUAUAUCAUGCCCGAGUUGGCAAACUCUCUGGUGCCAUGUGAAGUGAAGCCUGGUGUUUCCGUGGCGACAGUCUCUGCAGUGAUUCACUCCAAAGACAAUAAGCACACACUACAGUCAGUGCCCAAGCCCCCUCCAGCCCCGCCCAGUAAGAAGAGGAAGCGCAUUCUGGAGGAGCCCCCGGCCUCUCUGAGCCCUAAAGCUCUGCUCAGUGGAGCUGUGCCUCUGGAAGGAUUUCUGGCCACAUUACAAAAGCAUGGUAUAACAGAGGUGAAGGUGGAGGAGACGGGGGAGGGGCACAUUCUGCACCUCCAGGAGCAGGACACUCUGAUCCAGCUGGACGAGGACGGAACACACAUUGUCUGUGACAACAAUGAGCCUCUGAGGACCACUCUGAGAGACCUGGUGCUGCGCUUCCUCCUCAAACUCUGACCAAAACUUCCAUCUUUUCCCUGGACUAGAGACAGAUUUAACCUUAACACAGACACUUGGCUGAUCCACAUCCUCCUUCUCAGAACUCCUAACCAUAAUCUUCUUGAUCU